GUGAAAAAAUAUAUAGAAAAUCAGAAAUCGGUCGGGCCGAUCAGAAUUCGAGAAGGCUGCACCAUAAAAACCUGGACAACGAACGCGCUGCUUCAGUCUGAGAACAGCGCUGACCGGUGCAGCAUCCAAAUAAGAAAUUAUAUUAGAUACAAAACACCAGCAAUAGCACCAGAAUGGUUAAGGCACCUGCCAUCGGCAUCGACCUGGGCACCACCUACUCCUGCGUGGGUGUGUGGCAGAACAGCAAGGUGGAGAUCAUCGCCAACGAUCAGGGCAACCGCACCACGCCCUCCUAUGUGGCAUUCAACGACACGGAGCGCCUUAUCGGCGAUGCGGCCAAAAACCAGGUCGCCAUGAACGCCAAGAACACAGUUUUCGAUGCCAAGCGCCUGAUCGGACGCAAGUAUGACGACAAGAAGAUCCAGGAGGACCUCAAGCAUUGGCCCUUCAAGGUGGUCAACGAUGGCGGCAAGCCCAAAAUCGAAGUGGAGUUCAAGGGUCAACGCAAGCGUUUUGCACCGGAGGAGAUCAGCUCAAUGGUGCUGAUCAAGAUGCGUGAAACUGCCGAGGUAUAUCUGGGGGGAAAGGUUAAAGAUGCAGUGAUCACGGUGCCGGCCUACUUCAACGACAGCCAGCGGCAGGCGACCAAGGAUGCGGGCUCCAUCGCAGGAUUGAACGUCCUUCGGAUCAUCAAUGAGCCAACGGCAGCUGCUCUGGCGUAUGGAUUGGAUAAAAAUCUUAAGGGCGAGCGCAAUGUGCUCAUCUUUGACUUGGGCGGCGGCACCUUCGAUGUUUCCAUCCUGACCAUUGACGAAGGCUCCCUGUUCGAGGUAAAAUCCACGGCCGGGGACACGCAUUUGGGUGGCGAGGAUUUCGACAAUCGUCUGGUGAACCACUUUUCUGAGGAGUUCAAGCGGAAGCACAAGGCGGAUAUCAAGGGCAACGCCAGGGCUUUGAGGCGUCUUAGGACCGCUUGUGAAAGGGCCAAGAGGACCUUAUCCUCCAGCACGGAGGCAUCUCUGGAAAUAGACGCCCUUCACGAGGGCAUUGAUUUCUACUCGAAAAUCUCGCGCGCUCGCUUCGAGGAGCUGAACAUGGACUUGUUCCGGUCUACAAUGCAACCGGUGGAACGAGCUCUCACUGACGCCAAGAUGGACAAAAAGGCCAUCCACGAUGUGGUCUUAGUGGGAGGAUCCACACGAAUUCCCAAGAUCCAGAAGAUGCUGCAGGACUUGUUUGGAGGCAAGCAACUGAAUCUUUCCAUCAAUCCCGAUGAGGCUGUGGCAUAUGGAGCCGCAGUUCAGGCUGCGAUUCUUACCGGCGUCGGUAGCUCUAAGAUCCAGGAUCUACUCCUGGUUGAUGUGGCUCCCUUGUCACUGGGCAUCGAAACUGCCGGCGGGGUGAUGACCAAAUUGGUGGAACGCAAUGCCAGGAUUCCGUGCAAGCAACAGCAGAUCUUCACCACCUACAGUGACAACCAGAAUGCGGUGACCAUUCAGGUUUACGAAGGCGAACGAGCCAUGACCAAGGACAACAAUCUGCUGGGCACUUUUAAUCUCACGGGCAUUCCCCCGGCACCAAGAGGAGUGCCACAGAUAGAGGUUUCUUUUGAUCUAAACGCGGAUGGCAUUCUGAAUGUAGGUGCCAAGGAUAGCAGCACUGGGCGGUCCGAGAAGAUCACCAUCACCAAUGACAAGGGGCGUCUGUCCAAGGCUGAGAUCGAUAAAAUGCUCUCGGACGCUGAAAAGUACAAGGUGGAGGACGAUCGCCAGCGGGAGCGGGUUCAGUCCAGGAACACUCUCGAGGGGUACAUCUAUGGAUGCCGACAGGCAAUCGAUGAAGCCCCAGCUGGCAUUCUUUCCGAGACCGAUCGUUCCAAGGUGCGCACCAAGUGCAACGAAGAGACCACCUGGCUGGACAAGAAUUCCCUCGCCGAGAAGGUGGAGUACGAGCACCAUUUGAAGGAGUGCCAGCGCAUCUGCAGCCCGAUCAUGUCCAAGAUACAUGCCGGAGGCUCUGCCAAAUGUGGUGGCAAGCAGUCGGCUGGCAGUGCCUCCGGUCCCACUGUUGAAGAGGUGGACUAGACACCCCAAAACAAAUCUAAUUAUUCCGCCGCUCGAAAAACUGUAUUCUUGAAUGUGUAAUUUUCAGAAAUAAAUUAACCCACUUUGG